CCUGUCGGAGCUAUUUGGUGAGACACCCGGAUGUAGGACCCAUCACAACUUCCGGACAUGUGUACCUGAAGCGGUUCUUUGCUAACACUAGUUGACUCGUGGCACGUUCUUCAUUUUAAGAUAGUACAUUAACAAAUUUUACACUGGUUCAUUUGUUUAAGUAUUUAUAAAAAAAUCUAACCCUUUUGAGGGGCCAAUAUGGCGGAGGUCGUUCAGCAGCGGAUCGAGGACAGAAUUCCGGAGUUGGAGCAACUGGAAAGAGUGGGACUCUUCACCAAGAAAGAAGUCAAAGCCAUCAUCAAGAGGGUGACAUCACUGGAAUACAAACUUCACAGGCUGAUCGUCAACAAAGAUGACUUUAUAGGAUACAUACAGUAUGAAAUCAACGUCUUGGAGUUGAUCAAGAAGAGGAGAGCGCACAUUCGUUACCAUUUCAAGAGGGAAGAAAUUGAGUUUCCCAUCAUUCACCGAAUCAACAGUGUCUUCAGAAGGGCCACAAACAAGUGGAAGAACGAUGUACAGCUUUGGCUUUCGCACGUGGCCUUCUGUAAGAAAUGGUCCACGCGGGGGCAACUCAGCAAAGUGUUCUCCGCCAUGCUGGCCAUCCACCCCGACAAACCAGCACUGUGGAUCAUGGCAGCCAAGAGUGAACUGGAAGAGCGAAAUUCCUCAGAAAGUGCCCGACAUUUGUUCCUCAGGGCGCUCCGCUUCCACCCAGGCAACAAAAAGGUCUACCAGGAGUACUUCCGCAUGGAGCUGCUGCACUGUGAGAAGCUGAGGAAGCAGAAGGAGCAGCUGGAACAAGCUCAGAUUGACAUCGGUGAAUACGAGUUCUCUGCCGAGAUCCUGAGUGGAAAACUGGCCAUGGUUGUGUACAAUGACGCCACAGACAAAAACAAAGAGGCGGCAUUUGUCAUCUCCCUCCUGAACAUCGCAUCCAUUUUUGACUUCACCAAAGACUUCCAAGAGGUCAUCCUGCAGGACCUGCAGACCAAAUUCCUGGACGACAGCGUGACCUGGGACUUCUUGGCCAAGAGGGCGCUGGAGGCUCCGGGGGUCGGGGAGGAGCUCCGGACCGCCAAGGGCCGCGCUUCGGAGGUUGACCGGAGAGAAGUGCAAUGCUGUCAGGUUUACGAGAAAGGACUUGAGACCAUCGACACUGAACCCAUGUGGACCUCCUACGUCGCUUUUUGUCUGGAGAGGGCAAAAAGGAAGACAAACGUCCAAGAGUUGAAGGACAAGAGGCGCGAGAGGCUGGUGGGAGUUCUGCAGCGCGCUCACGACUCAUCGCUUCUGAAAGAGGAUUAUUACAAGAACUGGCUGGAUGUCACGCUCGCGUCGGGAGACGCGGAGGGGGCGGCCCACGUCGCGGUGGAAGCCACGCGGCGCUACAGCCAAUCGGUGUCGGCGUGGAGCACGGCGCUGCAGACGUUGGUUCAGUUGGGGAAAGAUGACGUCGGACGGCUGUUCCAGGACGCGCUCGCGCACGUCCCACCCAAGGAGAGCUUACCAAUUUGGCGGCUGCUGGUCCAGUGGAGCGUGGCCAACCAGAACCCUGGGGAGACGGAAGCCAUUUUCAAGAGAGGUCUGCUGUCUGCGGUGGCGCCCAUUGCCAUGGAGAUGAAAGAGCGCUACGUUGAUUGGUCGUACUCCACUGGAGGCUACAAAAAAGCGAGAAAAACUUUCACAAGUUUGCAGGAGAACCGACCUUUAUCCAAACCAUUCUUCACCAAAAUGAUCCAGAUUGAGAAAGAACAAGCGAGCCCAAAAAUGAACAACCUGAGGGACUACUACGAGAGGGUCCUGCAAGAGUUUGGCACUUCGGAUGAAGAUCUUUGGCUCGAUUACAUCCAAGAGGAGAUGGGACCCCUCGGCCAGCCGGAGAACUGCGGCAAGAUCCACUGGAGAGCCAUGAAGUUUCUGGAGGGUGAAAGCGUGGAGAGGUUUAGCUCCAAAUACACGCUGAAGCAGACCGGUCACCUGUGAGUCCGGCUCGAGUCGGGUCGGCCCGAGGGAGCCCGUUGAAGACGUUGGCUGCUUUUCGCAGCCUUCCCCGGCUCCGAGCGUGCAUGCGUAGUAGUUUGACCGUGUUUUUGCGAAGUCUGACGUCCGACUUCCAGAUGUCUCCCGGAGCCCUUGAAAGAAAUGUUCUCGAAAAGAGCGGCCAAAUGUUUUCCAGAUGCAUUGACGCUUUCUGUAGCGAGUCGCCCGUGCGGAGUUGUCAUUAAGACAAAUUUGAUUCUGUUCAAAUAAAAAUAUCCAAUGGCA